AUGGACGCGGAGACGCGGCGUAGGAUCAAGGAGACGGUGGUGGAGAUAUUGAAGGGCGCCGACAUGGCGGAAACCACGGAGCUCAAGGUACGUUCCUUGGCGUCCGAGAAGCUAGGCGUCGACCUCAGCGUCCCCGAGCUCAAGCGAUUCGUUCGGGAAGUUGUUGAGUCUUUCCUCCUCUCCAACGAAGUGGACCACUCGGGGGGAUCAGGACGUGAAGUGGGAGAAGCUGCGGUUGCAGAUGGUGGUAAGGAGUUGGAGAAGGCUGGACGAGAGGAGGAAGAGGAAGAGGAAGAGGAAGAAGGUCGCGAGAAUAAGCGUAGUCUCGGAGAGAGGGAACUCGACGACGAGGGGAAUCUUGUUGUCUGCCGGGUGAGCCCCUUAAUCGAAUUCGAAAAUCGGUCGCCGUGACGAAAUCCAUACGGGAGGAGAAUCUAGGAUGCCCUAGGUUCUCCCAUCUUACCUUUUGCUAUGUAUUUUCUCCCCUUAUUGACUCCGGUGACUUGCAUAUACUGUUAUUUCAGCUUUCUAGUAAGAGGAAGGUGACGAUUCAGGAUUUUAGAGGGAGGACGUUGGUAUCAAUUAGAGAAUUCUACGACAAAGGCGGCAAGGAGCUUCCCUCAAACAAAGGUACGGUCUACCAUCUUGUCUCUCUGGUGAUCGUCCAUUACAUGAUUUCCUUGGGACUAUGAAAUCUGUUGAGCAUGCCUCUUCUCCUGAUAUCCAAUUCUGCUGUCAGCAGCUCGUGAACUGAUUGCAGCCCUGAUGCUCCGUGGUUUUUUUCUUGUUCACCGCGAUGAUUCGUUCUCGGAAUGGCUAGUUUAGCUGAUAUCUUGACUCCGUCUGGUAUUUACGGGGAACUGUUCUUUUUAUUUUUCCGAUCCAACUGAGACAGAGUGGAUGCCGCCCAAAUCUAGCUUUGAAUAGAUCUGCUGCUGAGUUCUAAGGGCGUCGAUUAGGAAAACAUCACAGGGGUAGACGGGUGGAAAACAAAGAUUGAGGCGGUUUAAUUGGGUUCAGGAAUGGGAAAGUGGAGAAAUAAAAGGGCAUUGAGUAUUGAUGCGGAUGAGAAAUUACUUGAAAUCUGAGAAAAUGAGAGGAAAGAUACCCAAUCAUCGUUCAUCAACCCAUGAAAAUGUGUAAUAAAUAACCGGGAGAUCAAUCUAGCAGAGAAUGCCGGAAGCAGGCCAUUAGACAGGAAGUCGGUAAGUAUGUGUCAUAAUAUACCAGAAAAAUGGGGAGGAAAUGAGGUAUACGAUGCUGUUUGAUCCAUGAGAAGCCAAUCCUUUAUGUACAGGGUAAGCCCAUUUGAUUCCAUGAAUUGGUUGUGACCGAAUUAGGCGUUGGUUUCUUGCUGAUCAUGAACGCAAGAUCUCUGUUUCUGCCAUGGAGACGCUGGCGUUGAUCCUCUCUGUCAAAGAUAGGCCAUAGGUCCUCAAUCAUCUUGGUUGAUCUUUUUUCUUGCUAUUUAGGUCAUAGUAAAGCUUGAUCUAAUCGUCGAAAUCAUAUGGUUCUUAUUGGAUUGUCUGGUGUAAGAUUACUGCCAGACGAGCUUAAAGCCGCCUCACCACCCUUUUCCCCAAAAACAGUACCAUGUGAUCUGAAACCUUGUGAGAUUAUCAAUGCUGGCAUUCUGUGCUCUACAGAAUCGCACCCAUCUGCGAAUCUCUAGACCCUAAACUCCGUUUUUUUUCCUGCUUUCAGGGAUUAGCUUGACGGUGGACCAGUGGGCAUCGUUUAGAGAUGCCGUCCCUUCCAUAGAGACGGCCAUUAAGAAGUUGGAGUCGAGACUGCAAUGA